GCUCCGAAUUUAGUGCUGGAUAUUCCAGAAUUAACUAGGGCUUUAUACAGCUGUGGGGCACAAAGUUAGAGUCAGCCGUGUUCUGUGAAAGGGGCUUUGUGUUUGGACAAGCUGUAAACCUAUUUACAAUGUCGGGGAGAGAAUUUAGCACAUUUUUUCAGGCUCUGUGAGCACUAUAAAGCUCCCUGAGAGCAGCAGAGGCUCUCGUUCGAUAACAAGUGCAAAUCUGAGUUGCAAGAUGAAAGUUUCCUCUCAAUAAAGUGACAAAAAAUGAGCUUUUGUGUGAAUGGAGUAAGAAAACUAACUGAAUGGGAGAGCUUUCGCGGAACCAUUCGCAUUUGGAAACCUUUUAAGAACUAUGAACGAUCACCUCUGACUGGUACUUCAAUGUCUUUAGUGGAAAAGUGCAAUAAAAAAAAACUGGUAAACAGACUUGAAGUUUCGGGAAUCUCUGAAGAAGGAUUUCUUUUCCCAGACCUCCUCCAUUCCCUCCCCUUUUUUUUAAUCAGGCUACUUAUCCACUGAAGGAGUCACAUUCAUGAAUUGCUUCUCCAACUGCUAAUCACUUUUCUGAGUUCAACAGAGCUCUGAAUUCAUCGGGUCAUGCUGCAUUCUCCGAGCCUGCAGCUCUGAGAGACCUGACAGUGAUUGCAGUUGAAUGCAGAACUUUGAUCGUUAUGAGUGGGGAGUGUUGACCCUUAGCACAGGCAGGCAUGUUCUUCAGAAUACAGACGGUGGGGGCGGAUCGCACAUACUGAAACGAUGCUGUUAUUCGAUGGGAUAUCGGCUGCACUCUGAGGAAGAUGAAUUCAGAAUCGCUGGACACCUGUAUCCAACGCAUCCUCUCUGCCCUGUACCCUCCUUUUGAUGCCACUGCUCCCACAGUGCUCAGUCAGAUCUUCAGGGUCAUUGACACUGCAUACAAGGGGGAUGGACUCUGCUGUUUACUGGAUUUCCUAAUUCCGGCAAAACGUAUCCUGGAGAAUGUGCAACAAGAGGCUUGUGCUAGAUAUUCAAGCCUCCUGUUCCGUCACGAAGGCUGGCCACUGUGUCUCCAUGAGAAGGUAGUGAUACAAUUGGCAUCAUUCAACAUCUUUCUCCUGCGGCCUGGUGAUUUCUUUCUGCAGAUUCUACCUGUUGGAAGGCAGUCUGCUCGAAUUGUGCUAAAAUGCUUAGGCAAAGACCUCUGCAGUGUGGAGGAGAAGCUUGUACCUGAAGUAUCCUACACCAGUAUUUUUACAGUGGAAUGGUUGGGAAUGAUAAACAGUGAACGUUCUGGCACCCCACUGCACACUUGUCUGUUAGCCACAGAGAACGGGGUUGUGAAAGCGCUUUGGACUGAAAUAGUAAACCCGGAAUUUGUAACGAAAGUCAAAGCAACACCAGCAUCUGGGCUCAACACUUGUUUGGCAGAGGAAACUGAGAAUGACUACGAUUCCACGACGAUGACAUUGCAGACAGAUAUGGAAACUAAUAGCUUGUUUAACGCUCCCGAGCCAGAUUCUAAUAUUAAAGAUGAUAAAAAUAUUUCACCUAACUUGACUCAAUUAGAAGGUGCAAAAUGCUUGUGCCAUCAGCCUGUGAAAUUGGGAAAGGCCUCAAACUUGUGCGAGAUUUCCAGUGAAAAUGUUGAAGGGGAUUAUGUGGAUUUACUGAUGUUUCCUAAUGAAAGAUGUACUGAUGUGAACACUGUGCAGCCUCCCUUCAAGAACAGGGCAUCUUCAGUGGUUCCAAUGAAUGGCACAUGGGCAUGUGGAGGAUCUAUAAGGUUUGCCGCAGAACCCUGCACACCGUGCUUAAAUAGAAGGACAAAUAGUGAUUUAGAACACAAACAGAUUAAAUGCCGCUAUCGCGAAUCUUACAUAGAAGCUCUGCAAAACCCUCUGCAUUUUGGAUUCAGUUUGCAGGAGACAGAAUCUUCUAAAAAGAACAAGGUAGACACCUCAAUGAAUCAUAAACUUGACAAUAAUUUGAAAAGUCUGGCCUGCUGCAGACAAAAUCCGGAAUCUAAGAAUUCCAGGAAGAUGACUGCAGAUUCACCCAGGGAAACAAAUGAGGACCGACUAUUGGGGCACCCCAUUCCAUGUGCCACUUCAUCCAAGGAGCCAUAUCGCACUACGGCCAAAUGUGAUACUCAUUUAUGGUCACCACCUUCAGACAGUACCAACAGGCAUUCACUUCCUGAUGCUCAAAGAUCAUGCUUCCCAACUGGUGACACCACAUCCUCAGAAAUUGUGCCCAAUAGAAAAACUGCACAAGUGCCAAAAAAGUGUUCUGUCGGUUAUAUAUCUCCGAAAAUCCGCAGACAUAAAGCCCAGAGCAAAGACAUUAAUAAAGAGACUAGGAUUCAGCCAGAUGCUCUGGUCCCAGUGAGUCAAAGAGCUGAGGUAAUCUUACCAUCUCCUGGUACAAGUUUAACGACCAGUGACUCCUCCAUAUCAGAACAUCGGCAGAAGAAGUUCACGAUACGCUCUUUGGAUCUCAACAGUGAUUUGCUAUAUUCAGGAGCUGCUUUUUUACCAGGGAGCAGAGAUAAGGCAGGGAGAGCCGUGAUACAAGUCUGCAGUGAUAACAGGUUUCUGCAGAGUCCAAGCUGCACCAGUGAUGACCUUGUUGGGCUCCUCCUGUACUUGUACAACAUCCCCAGGAAGGAAGUUCGAGAUCUGGGAUUAACAAUCGUUAUAGAUGCUCGGAGGCGUCCACCCCAAUUUGCACUGUUUAAAGCUUUAGGAUUGCUUCAGGACUUUGCUCCCCAUUCCAUUCAUUGUGUGCUGAUAUUGACAGAGAAGGAGGCUACUCUCAAACUGGAGAAAUAUCCAAGAAUGUCUAUGGAAGUUUUGACUUCCUUGAAAGCUCUGAACAAGUUUAUUGACAACAACCAGCUGACUGAGAAUCUGGAGGGGACAUUUCCCUACAACCACUCUGAGUGGAUUCAAUUCCGUAUGAAGCUAGAUUUGUUUGUAACAAACUGCAGAGAAGUUUCCACAUUGUUGCUGGACACCAUUCAGACAUUUGAAUCGAACAAACCUGGAAACAGUGAACAGGAAGUUACUAAUUGCAUCAGUAAGCACAGAUUGAUGAUGAAACAUGUUCUGCAAGAUGCCCGGUUGGUUACUUUACAGUUGGAAGGUGGAGCAAUUCUUGCUAGACUCAAGAAAGAGGAAUCUCGAUUCAGCUCCUCUGAGGACUACAGGGACACCAUUGAUUCAGUGACAUCUCUGUACAAUAAGGUGGAGGAGAAUGUCCAUACUCUAGUGAUGAGGUCCAAUCAGUGUCUGCAGCAUCUUGAGUUCUUACAUGUUUUAAGGAGACUGGAGGACAAAUUCAAACAGCAAAACAACUGGCUAGUCUGUGAAGGUGAAUCAUAUUUGCAAGAUUUAGUUACAAAUGGAGAUUCGCUGAAUGCCAUGCAACAAGAGCAGUAUAACUUUUCUGGAAUCUUUACGCUGAUCACACAGGAAUACAAAAAGGGUUUGGAGCUAUUGAAAGAAGCAGACCAACUGGAUGGCUUUACAUAUCCUGAGUUUUCAGUGUUCAAAGAUAUGGUUGAAGAUUUCAAAGUACGGCUGACCAAUUUUCACAUUAGAGCUCAGAGGUGUCAAGCGGAAUUGGAGGCUCUCGUUAAUUUGUACAGCUACUGUAAUAAGGCUACAGCAUUGGCAGACGAUUGUAAAUAUUACUUGAACCAGUUGGGAAUGUGCAAUGAAGCAAUGUUGGAGCACCUCGAGAGUUAUCAUCAGAGGUUUACAGAGUUCUCUGCAGAACGAUUUCAGCAGAUGAAGAGUGAGGUUCAUAGCCUAAACAGUACUAAAGGGAUGAAGAUGUGGAAUGUAACCUGGCUGAAAUGUCAGGAGGUCAGGCAACUCCUUGAGGAGAAACUGGAAUUUUGUCAGAAAAUCCUAAAAUCCAACAGCCUCUCUUCAUCAGACAUUAGUGGAGAGUCAAAGAGGACUGAUCAGAAUUACAGUAAGGAUACAGUGAUAAAUACCUCCUGCGUGUGUGGCAGCCCAAGGACUGGAGAUGAUUUAAUCCAGCAGAAAAAGGACAAGUCAUUCAGGAACAGUCAGAGCCGUAAAGAUAAUAUGGGAAACAAACCAAAGGGAGCACAAGUAAACAUUUUAACAUAUAACUGCCCCCCACGGCUGCAAUCAAGUGAAAUUUCCAGUGGUAAGAACAGCACCCAGAACUGUUCUCCUCCUUCAUGUUCAGACUCUGUCCUUUCCCCUUCUGUUCGACACAAAAGCUAUCCUUCGAAGAAGAUCAUGCAGGCUGCACAGGGUUUCCAGUUGUCCCGGCACGCAAGCUUCUGCUCUGAGGACAACACUCCUAAGAAUGUGGCAGUUGACAGAAAUAGCAGUCUUGCUAUGCCAGUUAUGAGUCCUGUCUUGAGUAGAGUUCAAGGAUCAAGCUUGGAACAUGGGCCCAUCCAAGAAGUCAAACAGGAAACAAAAGACAAUUCCUAUAAUAAGAUGCAACAUAUUAUGGAAGAGAUAUUAGUCACUGAGAGAGAGUAUGUCCGCUCCCUUGGUUAUAUUGUUACCCACUACUUCCCUGAGAUGGAGCGCAUGGACCUUCCCCAGGAUCUGCGGGGACAGCGAACUGCUAUCUUUGGAAACCUGGAGAAACUGUACGAUUUCCACUGCCAUUUCUUCCUGAAAGAGUUGGAGAACUGUGCAAAAGAGCCCAGUAGAGUAGGAUGCUGCUUCCUCAGACAUGAGGAACUGUUCGGACUUUAUGCAUUGUACAGCAAGAACAAACCACGAUCAGACUUCCUACUCAGUAGCCAUGGGAACAGCUUCUUCAGAGCCAAACAGCUAGAACUGGGUGACAAGAUGGACCUGGCAUCCUAUCUACUGAAACCUAUUCAGAGAAUCAGCAAAUACAAUUUACUCCUGAGGGAUAUGUCCAAAGAGUGCAGUGCAGCCCAGGAGAAAGAGUGCAAGGAACUCAAGGAAGCCCACAAGGUUGUCUGCUUCCAGCUUCGCCAUGGGAAUGAUUUACUUGCAAUGGACGAUAUACAGGAGUGCGAUGUGAACCUGAAGGAGCAGGGCCAGUUGUUACGUCAAGAUGAAUUUGUCGUGUGGUGUGGACGAAGAAAGUGGUACAGACACGUCUUCCUCUUUGAAGAUCUCUUACUCUUCAGCAAGACCAGAAAGAUAGAAGGAAGCAAUGACAUUUACAUUUAUAAACAGUCCUUUAAGACUUCUGAAAUUGGAAUGACACACAAUUCAGGUGAAAGUGGGCUGUGUUUUGAAAUCUGGUUCAGAAGACAGAAGCCCCGGGAUACUUAUAUUUUUCAUGCUCCGACUCCAGAGAUAAAGCAAGCGUGGAUAGAUGACUUGGACAAGAUAUUGUGGAACCAAGCUGUGAGAAACAGGGAGCUCCAGAUGGAGGAGAGGGUGUUUAUGGGCAUUGGCAGUAAGCCAUUUAUGGACAUCAAACCUAGCGAAGCAGCCAUCAAUGACCGAUUGGUUGAGUGCGUCACAAAAGGGAAAGAGGAGACCAAGAGACCAAAUUCCAUAGGCUCCAAUGGCAGUGCGUCAUCUUCAGGGAGCCAGUCUUCCUCGUCAUCGUCUGGAAUUGGUUCCCUUAGUAUGCACAUUUCCUCCUCACCACCAACUUCAAGAAGCAAUGGUGGCAUCAACAACUGUUUUUAUAAUACACAAACAUGCAUUGAGGAAGAUGACCUGGAGAACGAUCCUAGUGGAAGGCCUUUUCUCACUGAGAGAUUGGAAACAUCUUCCCAGUGUAAUUCCACGGAGAGUGUUAGCGGUUUCAGCAGCUCUGAACACAGCAGUGUCUCACUGACGGGAGGAGAGAUCGAGGAAGCGUUGUCUCUCUGUUCAGCAUCAUACAAGCCCAGUUCAGACCCACGCUCACUCUAUGCACCACAGCCACUGCCAAAGGGAGAAGUGUCAUUUGGAAAUUUGAUCAAAAAUGAUAAAUCAUCAGAACUGCCUGUGAACCAUUCGACAGCUGUCUGACCAUCUGAAGAAGCAGUAUGGGCUGAGAAUCAACGAACCUUUGGUGAACGAGGCUCAUUGUUGGUAUUCCAAUGGCUUCUGAGCUCUGGAAUGUGAUUCCAGUUCACAUUGCAACAAGCUGCAGAUUUGCAAGAGGUUGCCAUGCCAUCUGGGCUUAGUCCUGACAGAUUGUUGUUUUCACUUAACUGGAAAGCAGAUGCUGCUCUGUAGCUGAUUUCUCCUUCGAAAAAGCCUCAUUAUUCUCAGGUGAUUGUGAUAGAUGCCUCAGCUGUGGUAUUUCACAAGGUCAUCGCAACGAAGAGGGAACACUUCUCCCUGUGCUCAAAUGCUGGGAGCUACCUGCACGGUCUCCACAAUACGUGAAUCUGUAACAUCAGCAUUUGGUCAUGUUUUCUAUCCCUAGUGUGGCUCCAUGAGUUUCAGAAUCAUAAGCUCCGGCAAAAGACAGAAUUAUCCAUGAGUGUUGGGGAGUUGGGUGGAGGGGGCUCAUUCAUCCAGGGAAAUUGGGCUUUGGAGAAAAGAGCACUAAGAACAGGUCUAAAGGGGGAGAGCAAUGUAACAUAUUCAUUUACUAUUAAAUCAUAUAUAAGUAUAUUUUAAUAUGCAUCAAAAUGAUCAAUGGAUAUUAAUUUGUAUGUCAUACUAUUGCUUUCUUAAGCAUAUCUAUUAGCUUUAAUCACGACAUUGUUGUGAUGUUAGUUAGGAUGUCAGUACUUAAUGUUUCCCAUUUUUACAUCAUUAUAAUAUUAAAAGGAACCAUGGAUUUUAUUGAUGUUAAUGAUCUUUUGACUCCAGUUCGUAAUGUUUUACGCUCUUCUAACAUGGUCUGAUCUUUAAAUAUGUUUUCCGAAUGUAAUUCAUGCCUCAGAUCAACCAUAAGUGUCUGAUUAGAAUGAUGUAGAAUUCACACCCUGAGUUAUACUGCAGUCUUCGGAGACUUCGUAUCAGAAAGCACGUACUUGGCAUAGAUGUGAUUGCGUGAAUGUCCCGUACACUCCAGUUGGAACUAAAACCAUGACACAAUCUUUAAUAUGACUAAAGCUUGAAAUUAGUUUCCAAACUGUUUAAAAAAAUCCUGAGAAGCAAUCAGUUGACUGCUUAUAGAUCUUAAACUGGUUAUGGUUAUUGUUUGGAGGAUCACACCAAAAGCAACAUAUGCCACACACUAGUAAUAGUUUUCAAUACUCGUCUAAAUUUGACACAAAAUACUAUACAGCUUGGCAGGAUUCUCUGCUAACGUAACACAGGGUCCAUUGUUUGGUUCAAGUGGAUUUAGAUGGGAAAUCAAUCUAGGAGUUAUUCUUCUGAAACUUCGAGGAUUUUCACCGUAAUUUGAGUAGGAGUCAUCAAAUUAUGGUAUUGAUUACGUCCCUUUUUUUGCAUUCCAACAUUGUUGGGCGUAAGAAUGAUGGCAUUCCUGGCAAAGAUGUUGCUUCAGGUGAUGAAGGGGCAUUUGAAGUUUUGAAGAACCUCUGAAAUUACACAUAGGAUGAUUAUACAGCAGCAACGCCUAAGCUCAGAGGAUAGUUUUUAGAAAUUAGAAAAGUACUUUGAAAUCAUGAAUGCCACGACUUGAGGCCAUUAGUCAAGCAAUACUACAGCUUGGAUUUACUGCCACCAUUUUCCAUCUCUUAUUUUGUUUGGUGCACCAACUUCAGCAAAUUGCCUGGUCAUGGAAAAUCCACAGGAGGGCCAAACAAGCAACCGAGCACCAGGGUUCCACAUGUGUUUACAACCUCAUUUCAAUGAAUGCUGUGCAAUACUACUCAAUCAUUACUGUUGAUUUAUGUUAUUUCAAAUCUCCAUGAAAUGUCCCUUUGUCCUCGAGUUAUUUGAAUCACAAUAUCAUCGCCUGAAAAAUAUUCAGAUAAUUGUUAAUAUCCUGUGGCAUAAUUUCCCCUAAUUUUACCAAAAGGAUGAGUGAAAAGUAUAUCAUUUUGUACUCAAGUCAACUUUGUGCUAAAAGUAACAAGUAGAAUCAAAGACAACCCUUCGUUGCUCUCCUGCAUCUUUUUCAUGUAAACUAGAAUUAGCAUGUUAAUAACUGCCGAAUUUUCUGGAGUUACUGAGUAAUUUCCAUUCUAUGCAGACUGUAACAUUGUUGCUACGCAACUGAAAAUGUAUUAAAGGUUGAA